GCGCUGAGCUCGAGCGGCACGGCGCGGCGCCACAGCAGCAGCAGCGGCUCCACCACCACCAACCCCACAGCCAACAGCAGCUGCGCCGUCCCCCCGGCUCCGCUCCGCCUCGCCCGGCCCACAUGGUUCUGCUCCGGCACAUCUCUGUCGCUCUCACCGCUGCGGUGACCGCCGUCGGAGCCGCUUUAUUCGUAGCUGUAAAUUUACUGUACAAGAGGCGCGUAUGGACGCCGGAGGACUACUACGUGUUCAAGGAGGAGGAAGAGGAGCAGAGAGAGAGGCAGGUUUUAGUCCUGGGUUUGGACGGAGCUGGAAAGAGCAGCGUCCUGCAGGGCCUGAGUGGAGCGGAUAGCAAGAGAUGCUGCAGACCCACCCGCGGCUUCAACUUCAUCCGGCUCCACACGCCAGUCUGCCAACUGGACGUCCUGGAGAUUGGAGGAGGUGAGGACUUGCGUGUGUACUGGACAGAUUUCUUGAGAAGGACACACAUCUUGGUGUAUGUGGUGGACUCCUCGGACAGAAGCCGACUCCCAGUCGCUAAGGAUGAGCUCCACCGUUUGCUCAGAGUCGACACACAGCUGCCAGUGGUUAUACUGGGAAACAAACAGGACAAGCCAAAUGCUGUUAGCGUGCCUGAACUGCGUGACGCUCUCUCUCUGGGCUCAGUGGCGGAUCAGAGGAAGCUCUUUCUGCUGUCUUUACAGCUGGGCUCUGUGGGAGCCACGGCGGCCUGCAGCCUCCAGAGCCUGCAGGAUCUCUUAUUGAAGCUGGCGUGAGGUCAGGGUACAAGCAACCCUGACCGUGUAAGUACUGAGAAAGGGAUCAUUAUCCAGGAGGAAGUCUGAGAUAAUGAUAACCAUAAAGACUCACUCAAGGCCAACUUAGUAAGGAAAAAAGAGUGCAAGGCAAUCAGAAAGAGUGUUGGCGUGCAAACACUUACUUUGUUGCUAGUCAACGCCGCAGUGCAGAUAAGGGUAGCAUCCAUUAUACCACUCACAGUAUACAGUGGCUUAUGUUCUGUUGUCAUAAAUGAUUGUAGUCUGUGUAAAUUGAGGUUUGAUGCUUCCUGAGUUUCCAGGAGGUUUGUUACAACUUGUGUUUUGCCUUCUUCACUGACCAUCAUGAUUGUUUCUGCAUUUCUAGAAUGUACUACUGAAUGUCAUCCAUGCAUGUUGGUAGUUGUGUUCACCCGGCAGUGUUCCUUUUGCUGGUUCUCGUUUAAAUGCUUAGGUUAUAAAUGCUUGUCUCAAGCAUGCUGCACUGAAAUGAGUUGUAGCAGACAGUUGAUACCUCAAAGGUCAUAAAAUCAUCAUUUUUAUCUAAGACCUCGUUUACCCCUGGUCACUUCAUGCACUUUAAGACCAAGCCACAUAAACCUGCGAGUGUAAACAUGGACCCAAGACACAAGGAUUAAACAGGAUCAUUCAACCCACUUCAGUUGUUGGUGUGUGACCAAUCUGAGCCAUUUGUUUUAGAAGUGUAAAUGUGUCAUCUCUCCAAGAUGCAUUAAACAACCACAAUCCCUCCCAGUACACCAGUAAUAAUGGCAUAUUCUGCUCAAUACAGCAGUCAUAUUGCAGUCUGAAUAACAGAAGACAUUUGACUAGGAGGCUUAAAUUGGUGUUGCAUUGUGGCUGACAUGCUCCAAGCCAGUAAAGGCCUGUUAGGAUUGUGACUUUAACCCAGCAGUUAGCAUUGCUGUUAACUCUCUAUUACCAACUUAAUAAUGCAGAUUUAAAAUAACCUACUAAAACGAUACAUACAAACUAUAGCAAACUUCGAGACUUACUCUAUCUAAGCAGUGGCCUCAGCCUGUCAACAACUAUCAGCAAGUAAUUCAGCUCAGAAAAACAGUAUCACAGCCUACAUGCUUCAAGCCUGUCGAGGCCAGCUUAUAGCAAUGUGGCUAACUGCUCCAAAACUGCUGAUUCUGGCUGCCGUAUGUGUUAGCAUUGCUGCUUUAACCUGGCUGAGCCUAGCUGUUAGCUUUGUGGCCAUUGUGUGCUAUUUUAUGCCUUCUAAUGCAGAUUCAGAGAAACCUAUAGGCAUGAUAUGUCAUACAUGUCAUAUCUUACAGCAAGACACUAUCUAGCCAGUCCUCAUCAUGUCAACAGCGAUAAGCAGAAAAUACAGUGAAAAUCUCAUAUGUUUGGUGCAACCCUAGUGCAAUUAAUAUCUACUUUUUUUCCAGGAUACAGUUUACAUACUUCUCACUUGAAGUGACCAGGUGUAAACGUGACACAAGGGGCUUGUCUUGAAUAGUUUUACAAAAAACAAACCCCUUUACAGUAGAACUAAUAAGGACUUGUUACACAAGCAGUUGUUUACCAUUUCAUAAGGACAGUGCUAUUGAUAUAGGAACAAAGACACAUAUAUUCUUGUAAACUAUUGUACAAUUACUGACCAGGAUUGUAACUACUGUAUUAACUCAAACAAGUGUAAGGUUUUCUUUUGUCUCUUUUGUCUUUAGUCUUAGUUGUGUGGUAUUUACACAUGACAUACACUGAAUAGUGGUCACAGUUUGGAUUGGAAAGGUAUUUUUGUGCCAUAAUAAAACUGGAGGCCAGAUUGGAGUGCAAACUUAAAAUAAAAGUGCUACAAAUGGUUAUACUGAUAAAUGAAAGGUUACAAAAAAGAGAUCUAAACUGAGGUCUAAACUGGUUUAAUUAAAACAACCACUGGUGCAAUUACUCAGUUGGCACAGUUUAAUACAAUAAGGCUAAUUUAAUAUGUGAAUCAGUUUUCCACGUGCACCAAAAUGUUUUAGGACAAACCAUGCGAGAAUUUUCUCUGCUUAUUGGUCAGAUCUGUCAUGGCCUGUGUUCUAGACUAGUGCACGUUACUGUAUAAUAUUUAACAUGGUGUGAUGGCUGAUUUCAACUUUUUUUCAUUUAAAAGUAAAUUGUGCUUUAUUUAGACAUAUUUCAAUUCAUCAAGGCAAUUAAAAUAACUUAACCAUAGUUCAGAAAGUUAAGAAAAUAACUGAUUUCUCCCAAAAGUGAGAAAUGAUUGAUAUAUGGUGAACACAUCCGAGUGCAAUUACUAUAUUCACACCUGUCCAAACAAAUCAUACCAUUCAGAUUUAAUCAGUCUGGCAAUGCAGGUGUAAAACCGCCCCAAGUGGGAUGAACAUUUCAAAGGUAUAAAAUAACAUUUACUUGGUGAUUAAAGGUUCUUCACACACAUCCUUAUCAUAAACAUGGUUCUUUACAAAGCCUAAUGAGUUCUUUUAAAGCAUCAUUUGUAGCCCUUUUCCACCAAAAUAUCUGUGAUUCUGGAUCUGGUUCCGUUCAGGCCUAUAAAACAUUGGUGCUUUUAGGCAAACUAGCCCACGUUUGUACCUAUUUUAGUGGAACAGAGAAUACGCCGCAGAAUAAGUUAUCAACAGAGGAAAUGUGUAGAACGAUUCAGAUUUAUGUGGACGAAACAGAACAGAGUCCGUUCCACAUUUUUGAAAAUGGGCUAUCAGAGAAUCCUUUGUAGCACUUUAUUUGUACAAGUGUGAAAUCUGCAAAAAUGGGUAAAUAUUUUUGACUGUGAGCUUUAUGACUGUGAACAUGAUGGAUGCUUGUCACCAAUGUAAAAAUACUGGGCUGAAAUUCAGCCAUGGGUGCAGCGUUCCUCAGGUGUGAAUCACAACCAGUAAUGUAAAUGCUUGUAGUACAUGUACAUUGACAUGUACAUAUGUAUUUAAUAAGGGUUUAAUAACAGAUUUGAAAAACAAGCAAAAGCAUUAUACAUCUGUGUUUCAGACAUCUGUGAAUGUACAGCAUUCUAUUACUCAAUUACUGUAGGAAUAUUUACAGAUUGAAGUAGAUUGUACAUGUUUGUCUUGAAGCUAGUUGCAGCAAUGCUUGUACAGCAAAAAGCAUUUGUACAAAAUGAUCCUCAGAAAAAUGUCACCACUGUAGUUUUAGGUGGAAAAAAGGCAGUUUAAGGGAUGAAAGUACUUGCAACAGAAUUUGUUCAGUUAUAUAAGGUAGGACUAAUCCAUUUGGAUCAGCAUCUGCCUGAACAAUGCAGUCUUACAAGCCCUGUGACCUAAUAUGAGCUCAUUCAACUGCAGUUGUGUGAGCUGUGCUCCACCACUAUGAAAUUCUUCCUGGAAAUUAAAACAAAAUGAAUACAAAGAAGUGUAUGCAUUUUUCAGUUAUUCACUUGUUUUGAACUGUAUAACAGUACAUGGUAUGUUUGUAUGUAGUAUGUUUGCUGCAACGUACAACAUCUGAAAUAAAAAGGUAUUACUGUAA